AACAAAACAAGGGCUCAAUUAGGUUUGAAGCGCAUAUAAAUCAAGCUAGGGUUUUUGCUUCACAUUUCCUACCUCGCCUGCGCUAAAUCAUACACACACAGAAAGUAGUGAGCUGCAGCUGCUGCAAUGGCGCCGAAGCAGAAGACUCGCAAUCCGGAGCUCAUUCCCGGAGUCCACAAGGUCUCUCGCUCACAGAUGUACCACAAGCGCGGCCUCUGGGCAAUUAAGGCCAAAAACGGUGGCAAAUUCCCAGUCCACGCCAAGCAAGAGGCCGGCGCCGUCGUCGAGGAAAAACAGCCCAAAUUUUACCCCGCUGAUGACAUCAAGAAGCCGCUCUCCAACAAGCGCAAGCCUAAGCCCACCAAGCUCAGGGCGAGUGUUACUCCUGGGACAGUAUUGAUUAUUUUGACCGGGAGGUUUAAGGGAAAGAGAGUUGUGUUCUUGAAGCAGCUCACUUCUGGAUUACUGCUUGUCACUGGUCCCUACAAGGUCAAUGGUGUUCCUCUAAGACGUGUCAACCAGGCCUAUGUUAUUGGAACCUCCACAAAGGUCGACAUUUCUGGUGUGGAUAUCUCCAAGUUUGACGACAAGUACUUUGGCAAGCAAGUUGAGAAGAAGAAAAAGAAAGGAGAGAAUGAGUUCUUUGAGGCUGAGAAACAGGAGAAGAACACACUCCCAGCGGAGAAGAAGGAUGACCAGAAGGCUGUUGAUGCCCCAUUGUUAAAGGCUUUGGAGGCUGUCCCAGAUUUGAAGGCUUAUUUGGGGGCGAGGUUCUCGUUGAAGGCCGGCAUGAAACCACAUGAGUUGGUGUUUUAGAGAAGAAGCGUGUUUGAGACAUAGGCACUAUUUUGUUAUUUUUUAUCUGCUUUUGUGUCCUUUGAACCUAAUUUUGUUAGGGUUUGUAUUGAGAACAAAUAUUUCUCUCUGGUAUAAACAUUAUGAAAGUUUUGCUUGCCA